GUGAAAGAACAAUGUCGUAACCUAGCCUCUGUCAAAUUAAAUGUGUCCUUAUGGCUUCUGCUUCUAGUACUUCUGCAAAGUCUCUCUUUGCAGAUUCCAAAUCCAGGCUUGCAGACAGGGUGCAGAACAAUGUCAACAAUAUUGCCUCAUUAGCUAGGCAAAUUCAGAGAGGCUCUAAAACCUCAGAAAUUAUGAUGACUUCGGCUAAGAAUUUCGCAGCUCAAGAGCAGGUCAUAGCAAACACAGACGCUUUGAUCAAAAAGAUGCAGCAUGUUGUUGACAGGAUGCAUUAUGAUCAGAUAUCUGUUGCAAAAAGUGCCUCACUUAUUGUACAAGUAAAGGACCAGAGCACAGCAAUGCAGCGGUGAUCUUCGGUGUCACACAAACACUGUACUUACUUUACUGAUCUCUAACAAAGUUUUAGCAUUAAAAAAAACUACUGGCAAACAUUGCAACUAUUAUCAUAAUUAAAUAUUUAAUUGUGUAUUUAAAU